AAACAACCACAACUCCUGCCAUUUCUUGCAUCCAAUCUUUCAUGUAGUCGAGCCUCUUGACUUCUCCACACGUAAUAGGCUUUAUGUCACAGAUUUGGUGCGUGUUCUCCAAUGUUAGCUCGAGCUCAGCAGAGGGUGGGAGCUUCCCGUUCUGCGCCAAGUUCAAAGUCACGCCGUCGGGCAAUUGAAGCGUGCAGCUUUUGUAGACGGCGAAAGAUCAAAUGUAACGGUGCGCGACCCGUGUGUGUCAACUGCCAAUCUUACGGCCAAAGUUGUAUAUACGAACCUGUAGGCGAAGCUGCAAAAGAGACUGGUCGUAGACGACAUCGUUUCAAGACUCGCACGUCGCCAAACACUAGCGAAGAUGCCGCAUCCUCCCCAUGGCGUGCGUCCGCAACCGAAUCAGCACCGGUGGAUGAUGAACAUGCCUCGGGUAGCAACGAAGCUGGAGCUUCAUCAGUUGAAGCGGGGGUUGCUAGGAUUCUCAUGUCUGCCGACGGCGUUUCGACCUAUCACAGUCGUACGAGCACAUUGUAUGAAGACCAUGCCCCAGAGAAACAGGUUGAAGUAGAUACGGGGCCUCGGAUCCCAGAUGAAUGGGUGGAGAAAGGUCUGGUUGCUGAAGCAGCGAAACAGCGCCAGCUGGAGGACUUGAACUUCCGACAACAAAGACUUGACUUUGACGGAGUUGACCCAGAUCUUGGCAUGCAUCUACUUUCCAUACAUUGGAACAGACAGCAUCAUUCGUUUCUUGUCACGUACCGACCGGCAUUUAUGCGAGAUAUGGCGUGCGGAGGACCAUACUUUUCCAAGCUUCUUCUGAAUGCCAUUUACUUCGGUGCGUCGAAGUUCAGUCUCAGACUCGAAGUCCGCAAAGACCCGAACGAUGUGCGUACUGCUGGAUGGAAAUUUCGUGAGCGUGUCCGAGAACUCCUUGGUGGCUCGCUAGAUUCAAGUCGCAUCACCACCAUCCAGGCCCUUUUACAGAUGACAAAUUCGCUGUUUGCCCUGGGAGACGAGAGAAGCGCUGCAUGGCUUUAUUCGGGAAUGGCAUUUCGAAUGAUCAUUGACCUCGGCAUGCAUGUCGACUUGACUAAAACUGGGCGCUUUUCAGACGAAGACCUAGAGAUUCGAAGACGAGUAUUUUGGGGGGCUUUUGUAAUUGACAAGAUGCAAAGUCUAUAUCAAGGGCGCCCGGUGAGUCUCAAAGAUACAGAUAUUCUAGUGCCAAUCAAAUUUCUAGAUACACACGAAGAGCUGGAAGACUGGCAGCCGUUUGCUUAUUCGACUCUCACGCCUAAAUAUUCUGGGUCGCCGGCGUAUAGCGUGUCGACCUUUUCCGCGCUCUGCAGACUUUCACUUGCCAUGAGCGACAUUCUAAGUUGCAUUUAUACCGAACGCUGUGUUGACCAAUCCCCAACCGACUUGGCCAGCAUGUUGGAUAGAUUGCAAGUCAAAUUGGAUGAUUGGAAGGCUGCACUUCCUAGCCACGUUCAGUUGAACCUGUUAGACCCUGAAGGUGCAGGAGCCUUUCCACCACCACAUGUCUUUAGUCUGCAUGCUAUGCAUAACGUACUUGUUAUUCUUCUGCACCGUCCGUUUGUUGCCGAUGGACAUUUGUACAACACGUCGCGAUCAAUCUUAGUAGAUUCCUUCAUGAAAUGCGCGACUGCCGCUUCCAAUAUCGCCGACAUUCUUCUGGCCUAUGAUCGGGCAUUUUCUAUACGGCACGCACCUUACUUGAUAUCGUACGCCACAUAUGUAGCAGCUACGAUACUUGUGCGGAUUGCCGCCAAACGUCGGAGCGAGUCUAAGGUUUUUGCCGAUUUGGCUACCUGCCUGGCGGUAUUCAAAGAAAACCAGGAAACCAACUACGCCGUUCAGAAGGCUGCCAUUGUUAUUGAGACCUUGAUAAAACGACUCGGCGUGGUUGUUGAUCUUGCAAUGGCCCAUCCGUCUCCAAUGGCUUCGCAAGAGCAACGACUGCAGGUGGGCGGAAAUGCGUCUCCAUCUGCUUGUCAAAUGAGGUCUGAGGUUAUACCAUCUCAUCUUAGAACGUUAACAAACCUAAUGCAAUCAGAUUCCUCAAAUAUGACAUCAGUCAAUGUCAAUGAGGUGAUGCAUCAUUCCAACUCAGAGUGGUUGGAUAUUGAUGGGAUAAUCCAGAGCUUCUUGGAGGAUGGGAAUUCGUCUGUCCCAAAACCGGCAAUGGCUUACAGCACAGAGAGAUCGAGAUGUGAUCACUGCAGGAUGGCAUUGGCUAAUAACCAUGAGCAUCGCGGCUACCCGGCCGAUGUCGCUCAUGUUUCUGGCAUUUCCCGCCUUGGCGAAGACGUCUAUAGUGUUGAGUCGCAAUGGUCAACGGGUGUACGGGAAAGGGAACGGGAAGCACAACUUGACGGGCUUGUGUCCAUCAAUGAUCCACUCUUCGGCUUCAAUGGCACUAUUUUCGCAAAUGGUGGGUCACUCUUCUAGCAAUCAAGGACUCACGGGAAGCGGGAUCAAUGGCCAUCCCGCGGGAAUGCUGGACAACGCCAUGAUGAUCUGUAGUUCUCUUCAGCCGCCAUGCUUCGGUUGCAUUUUCUAUGUACCUAUGUUCAUCAUGUCGAAAUUGGCCUUUUCCUACAAGACAUGUUCUCCGCUCUUUCGUCUCCUGUUCAUUUCGCGAGAGGGACGUCAUAUCUAGCUGCGAGAGAGAUUCACAGCAUAACAGCUCAGGUGAUUGAUAUUACCGAAGGAUACGCCAAUAAC